UCUCCGUUAUAAUUCCUCUCUUCCCAGAUCUCCACCGCGCGCGACUUUGGGUGGCGUUCAUUAAGAAAAGAAAAACAAGAAGGAAAAAUGAAAAGGGAGCAUCAAGAGGCCGCCGCCGGCGGCGACAGAAGAGGAGGAGGAGGAGGAAAUUGGUAUGCUGCAGCGGAGCAAGAAAAGGGGAAGGCCUUGAUGGGGACGGACGACGGCGUCGACGAGCUUCUGGCGGCGCUGGGUUACAAAGUUCGGUCGUCGGACAUGGCCGACGUGGCGCAGAAACUGGAGCAGCUGGAGAUGGCCAUGGGGAGUAGCGCCGCCGCCAACGACGACGCACUUCUUGCCCACCUCGCUUUCGACACUGUCCACUAUAACCCCUCAGACCUCUCCAACUGGGUUGACAACAUCCUCUCGGAGCUUAAUGCCCCUCCGCCUCUUCCCCAACCGCCGCCGCCGCCGCCUGCUGAUGACCCGCUUAGUCUUCAGUUCGACCUUCCCCCCGCUGUCACAGAGCAAUACACGAUCGGGACGGUUGACCUACCGGAUGGCAGCCCUUGCAAACCGGCUGAUGUCGAUGAACUUCAGCCGGAAGCUUCUACUGCCUCCUCGGGUUGGCUAAUUUCCCAGUCUGGUCAUCAGCCAGAAGUUGCGAAGUCCCUGAGAGAUCGAAAGAGGUUAAAGGUCUGCAGCUCACCUCCCUCGUCGACAAUCACCGCGGAUGCGGCGACAGCAGCAGCAGCGCAGCAGGUGGUCAUCGUCGAUUCGCAGGAGGCAGGUAUCCGUCUGGUACACGCCCUGAUGGCGUGCGCAGAGGCGGUGCAGAAGGAGAACUUGAAGGCGGCGGGCGCUAUCGUGAAACAGAUAUCCGUUCUGGCCGCAUCGCAAGGUGGCGCGAUGCGCAAAGUAGCCGGAUAUUUUGCGGAGGCUCUCGCCCGCCGGAUCUACCGGCCGCAGCCCCCUCGGGGCAUGGGCUGUUCGAGUACUGUUGAAUCCGCAGCCUUGGACGACAUGCUUCACCAUCACUUCUACGAGAGCUGUCCCUACCUCAAGUUCGCCCAUUUCACAGCUAACCAGGCCAUUCUGGAAGCCUUCGCCGGCUUCCGCCGCGUUCACGUUGUCGAUUUUGGUAUGCGGCAGGGACUGCAGUGGCCGGCGCUCCUCCAAGCCCUGGCUCUCCGCCAAGGAGGCCCGCCGUCAUUUCGCCUCACCGGAAUCGGCCCGCCGCAGCCCGACAACUCUGACGCUCUGCAGGAGGUGGGCUGGAAACUCGCCCAGCUCGCGAAGACCAUCCGAGUCGACUUCCGGUACCGCGGUUUUGUGGCCGCUAGCCUCGCGGAUCUGGAUCCCUACAUGCUUCUCGGUCCGGAAGCGGACGGCGGCGGCGUGGAGGACGACGAGCCGGAGGUGGUGGCUGUGAACUCGAUCCUCGAGCUGCAUCGACUGCUUGCGCGCCCAGGGGCGCUGGAGAAGGUGUUGGGGACGAUCCGCGCGGUACGGCCGGUGAUCGUGACUGUGGUGGAACAGGAGGCGAACCAUAAUGGCAGGGCGUUCCUGGAUCGGUUCACCGAGGCGCUGCACUACUACUCCACCAUGUUCGACUCGCUGGAGGGGGGCGCCUCGCCGCCCGCCGCCGUCGAGGUGGGCGGGCAUGACCAAGCGAUGGCGGAGAUCUACUUGGGCCGUCAGAUCUACAACGUGGUGGCGUGCGAAGGGGCAGAACGAACAGAGCGGCACGAGACUCUGCCGCAGUGGCGCGCGCGCAUGUCCCGUACCGGCUUCGAUUCCGUCCCCAUCGGAUCCAACGCUUUCAAGCAGGCGAGCAUGCUCCUCGCCCUCUUCUCCGGCGGCGAAGGCUACCGGGUGGAGGAGAACGACGGGUGCCUCACCCUCGGCUGGCACACGCGGCCCCUCAUCGCCACCUCCGCCUGGCGCGCUGCCGGCGAUCCCCUGAGCACCUCUGCUUCCUGCCGAACCGCCUCUUCCUAGGGCACGCACCCCAGCCAUUAGAUCGGCUGACGGGUAACUCCUGGCCGCACAAUCUAGUGAAUCUGACCGCGUUCGACGGCUCACAUAGUGCUGAUUGCUGAAUGCACACCUCUGAUGGGGCUCCUCUAUUUUUUGUUCUACCUAUCUACGAACGUAUAUGAUUAAUCCCGCUGCACGAAUCUCCAAGCAUGUUAAAUAAGCUCUGAGAACCACCGCCUUUUUCUUUCCGUUAGAAAUCAGAUCCUUUCUCUUGCCAAUGUAAAUUAAAUUCUAGAUUACAUGUAAAUUAAUUAAUGGUGGCUUUAACUCAAACUUAUCAUAA